AUGUCGCAGGAGAACAAUCUCCUCCUCGCUGUGGACAUCUUGCAGCCACUGCCGACCAACAAAUGGCCUCUACUCGAAGACGCUCUGCGCCGCGAUUGGCCCCGUUUCGCAUACUAUCACUACUGGAUCCGCAACGCCAUCGACUGGAGGAGAAAGGAGCCGGGCAUCAAACUCGACGUACUCUGUCCCGAAGGGAACCACGACAAGGGCGUCUUUAUAGGCGUCUCCUCGUACUCGAUGUACAUGCUAAUCCCGUUCGCGUUCCGAGAGUCAAGGUCCCUCCUCUUCGACUGCAUCGCGAGGACACGGCGCAUCGACUGGAAGGAGCCGGUGAUUUUCGCGGCUGUACACGAGUACUUCGAGGACGCGGUGAGAAACGCCAUCGAGUCCAUGGGCUUACGAGUGGACGACAACGGACCCUCGAACUACUACUUCAAACCUAAGGAGCAGUGCCUCGACGAGGACAUAAGGGUGUCCGAAGGCUUGGAACUGCGGUUUCUGGGGGAGUCGGACGUGCCGGUGGUGCACGAGCACUGGCCCCGGGAGGAAGUGAAAAAGGAGCCCAACAAAUCCACCGCCUACGUAGCUACGAUGGUCAAACUGAGCCGUGGAGUUGGAUUGUUCGACAAGGCCGAUGGUAAGUUGGUCGCGUGGGCACUGCAAAACGAGUUUGGGGGCCUCGGUAAUGUGCAGACGGUGGACGAGUGCCGGGGACGGGGCUACGCGAAAGUCGUGGUCAAGGCUCUGUCGAAGCUGCUGGCGGAGGAAGGCCGUGACUCGACGCUGUUCAUCGUCGCGGGCAACUCAAAGUCCGAGGGGCUGUUCGCCUCGUUGGGCUACGAGCUCAUCAACGCCGAGACCUUCAUCGUCAUGAAGCCCUUGAACGCCGGCAAAUGA